AUAUUUGUCGGCGCAGGGCUCUGUCUGCAACUCCAGCGGCAAAAUUUUUUUAACUGUUUUUUUUUACUCGAAAAAAUGUCUCAAAUUCCUUUAUUACCCCGAGAAUCUGGAGAAUUUAUAGUGAAAAAUGCAAAAUAUAUUAAAGUAAAACCAGAAGGCAUUGAGAAUCUUUGCCAAGAAAUAAUCAAAGGCAUACAAGACCAGCGCAUCAACGUAAACAAUUUUUCGCAACAUGAUUUGCAUCCAAAGCCCACAGAUGCUUAUGCUUUGGAAUGGAUAUUUGUGGUGGACACAUUGAAUUUUUGUUUCUGGACGCCCACUGAUUAUACCAAAUACAAGGUAAUGGGAUAUACCGGCUAUUUUGCUCUCUGUGCUGCCCUUAACCGAGCCAUGCAGGAAGGCUUGGAUAUAACAAAUGCUGAGUAUUAUAGUAAAAUUACCAUGGACACCGUUAAACAUAUAUUCCGUUCUGAUGAUGGAAACACUAUGGUGCCUUUGCUGGAAGAACGUUUAAAAUGUUUUCAUGAAGUUGGUCAGAGACUUUUGGAGAAGUGGCAGGGAAAAUUUGAAAAUGUGGUUAAAGCAGCCGAGGGAUCAGCUUUAAAUUUGUUAAAACUUAUCGUCCAGGAAUUCCCCUGCUUUAGGGAUGAAGCUGAUUUUUGUGGCCAACGUGUAGCUUUAUACAAACGAGCUCUUCUGGUAGGAGAUGUAUGGGCCUGUUUCAGGGGUGAAGGUUUGGGUGCAUUUAAAGAUUUAUACCAAAUCACCAUGUUUGCUGACUACCGUGUACCACAGGUGUUGGUACAUUUUGGUUCAUUGGAGUACAAUGAAGAAUUAAUGCAGCUAUUAAAAUCUGAUGAAUUGCUUAAGAAUGGUGAUCCCCGGGAAGUGGAAAUAAGAGGUGCUUCCAUUUACAUAGUCGAACAAGUUAAGGACAAGGUGUUACAAGUAUUAGAAGAAAAACAUCCCAAUAUAUCUAAAGAUCAUGUUAAUUCCAUACUAAUUGACCAUUUCCUUUGGGAUUACAGACGCCAAUAUGCCAAAGAAUUGGAAUAUAUACCAUUCCAUAAAGUGUUAAGUGUAUACUAUUAAGUUCUUAAAAGUUUUGUAAUAAAAAAAAAAAUAAAUUGUUUGCAAGUUUGUUUACAAAAA